GUCCCGGGGCGCACUCCCUCGCUGGCAGCUCUUCCGCACGCCGGCUCCCGGGGCGGCUCCCUAGGUUAGUGUGAUCUCAACUCAAGAGAAAGGUGGGCUAUCAUGGCAUCUAUCUGGGUUGGAAAGCGAGGGACCAUAAGAGAUCAUUCUGGCUUUAACCCAUCGGUGGAUGCUGAAGCGAUUCGUAAGGCCAUCAGAGGAAUUGGGACCGAUGAGAAAACACUGAUCAGCAUUCUGACUGAGAGGACGAAUGCACAACGGCAGCUGACUGCUAAGGAAUAUCAAGCAGUGUGUGGAAAGGAACUGAAAGAUGACUUGAAGGGUGAUCUCUCUGGCCACUUCAAGGGUCUCAUGGUAGCCCUGGUGACCCCACCGGCAGUGUUCGAUGCAAAACAGCUGAAGAAAUCCAUGAAAGGCACGGGGACAAAUGAGGAUGCACUGAUUGAAAUUCUAACCACUAGGACGAGCAAGCAGAUGCAGGAGAUCGGCCAUGCCUACUAUACAGUGUACAAGAAGAGUCUUGGAGAUGAGAUUAGUUCUGAAACAUCGGGUGAUUUCCGGAAAGCUCUGUUGAUUUUGGCAAAUGGCAGAAGAGAUGAGAGUCUAAAAGUGGAUGAGCAGCUGGCCAAAAAGGAUGCUCAGAUUCUCUAUAAUGCUGGUGAAAAGAGAUGGGGCACGGAUGAAGAUGCCUUCACCGACAUCCUGUGUCUAAGGAGCUUUCCUCAAUUGAAACUGACAUUUGAUGAAUACAGAAACAUCAGCCAGAAGGACAUCGAGGACAGCAUAAAAGGAGAAUUGUCUGGGCAUUUUGAAGACUUACUGCUGGCCAUAGUUCGUUGUGCAAGGAACACGCCUGCCUUUUUAGCUGAAAGACUGUACCAAGCUUUGAAGGGUGCCGGAACUGAUGAGUUUACUCUGAACCGAAUAAUGGUUUCCAGAUCAGAAAUUGACCUUCUGGACAUUCGAGCAGAGUUUAAGAAGCUUUCUGGCUACUCCCUGUAUUCAGCAAUUAAAUCGGAUACUUCUGGAGACUAUGAGAUCACACUCUUAAAGAUCUGUGGAGGAGAUGACUGAGUCAAGAACAUCCUUUCCAAAGGCUGCCUGUUCCCACGAUGGGCAUUUUCCUCAGCUCUGCCUACUCCUUUUUCACGGUAUUUACAAGUACAAGCAAGUGUCCACAAUAUCCUCUUUUUAACAGAAAUUCUCAUUGUUCCAUAAUAAUAAUAACCACAAAAAGUGAUUAUUGUCAUAGAACAUCUCAUCAUAAUGUAGCCACUUAUAAAUGAAAUUUUUAAAUGAAAUUAAAGAUCUGCUAAUACUACCCAAAUUGCAUUUCUGCUUUGGAAGUGAGAAUCUUUGUAUCGUUCUAAAGCACUCAAUGCCAAACAGUGUAAUAAAAGUUGUUGCCUAUGUAAAAGGUGAUCUGUCUGUUAGUUUUUAUCAUCUGCCACCGUUGUUUGGUACC